GCUGGUUUGGAUGUGCUGGGAGAGUUACUCAGGAGUAGCUUCUUGCGCCAGGCAUCUUGGAACGGAUUGUGGUGCUUUAGGCUGUUGAGGAUUGCAUCCGAAGACAUGGACGUGCCCAUGGAGACCUGGAAUGGCCUUGGUGCUCAGCUGAUGUCCUUGUGGCUGAACAGAUUUUACAUUUACUCCUGUGCUGCUUUUGGAAUCAGCCUCUGGCUCUGCAUCCAGUUCAUCACAAAAGCCAAAAAGCAGAAUUUAAAGCAUCUCCAGACGUUUUCCACAGUUACUGAAGAUGAUAUUCCAAAAAAACAAAUUGGGGACAUCCAUGUAACAGGGGUGAAAAUUUUCUAUGGCUCUCAGACUGGAACAGCACAGCGGUUUGCAUCCACUCUCGCUGAUGCCGUGUCCUGUCUUAAUAUGCCGGCAGAAGUCAUUGACAUGAGAGAUUAUGACCCAGACGACUCCCUGGCAGACGAGACAACUGGAAAGAAUGUCUGUGUGUUCUUAGUGGCCACGUACACGGACGGGAAGCCAACGGACAACGCUGCGUGGUUCUGCAAGUGGCUGGAAGAGGCUGCAAAUGACUUCAGAGUUGGCAAGAAGUAUCUGAAGGGUUUGCAGUAUGCCGUCUUUGGGCUGGGCAAUUCCUUGUACGCUGACCACUACAACACGGUGGGCCGAAGUAUUGACAGGUGGCUUUGGAUGCUGGGUGCCAGCCGCAUCCUGUCCUGUGCCAAGGGAGACAGCAAUGUUGCUAAGAGCAAGCACGGCAGCAUUGAAGCUGACUUUGAAGCCUGGAAAGCUAAGUUCCUCACCCGGCUCCAGGCCCUUUGCAAAGGGCAGAAGAAACCCUGUAGUGGAAGAUGCAAGAAAGGCAGAUGCAGGUCCAAAAGGAAGGCGAGCCAUGAAACAUCGGACCAAGAGCAAAGGGCCUCGAAGCAAGAGGAGAAGGAGGAGGAAGAAUUGUUUGAAACCACAAGUGAGGAGGAAUCCGGCAGUGAGGAAGGAGACGUUGCAAACCCUGUCGUUGACGUGGAGGAUCUGGGGAAGAUGGUGGGCCACAUGAAGAAAGCCCAGAGAGAGCGUGAACUGGAUGAAGAGGCUUCCCAAAAAGAUGACUCACAGCAGAUCUCCAGGGAGGAUGAGCGGCGCGAGAUGAUCACACCAGCUCUUCGAGAUGCUCUCAUGAAGCAAGGUUACAGGUUGAUCGGGAGCCACUCUGGGGUGAAGCUUUGUCGGUGGACUAAGUCGAUGCUUCGAGGAAGAGGAGGCUGCUACAAACACACCUUUUACGGCAUCGAAAGCCACCGCUGCAUGGAGACCACGCCGAGCUUGGCUUGUGCCAAUAAAUGUGUCUUCUGUUGGAGGCACCAUACCAAUCCUGUGGGCACAGAGUGGCGGUGGAAGAUGGACCAGCCUGACAUGAUCUUGCAGGAGGCUAUUGAGAAUCACCAGAACUUGAUCAAACAAUUUAAAGGUGUUCCAGGAGUGAGGGGCGAUCGCCUGGAAGAAGGGAUGCUUCCCAAGCACUGCGCGCUGUCUCUGGUUGGGGAGCCCAUCAUGUACCCUGAAAUUAACCGAUUCCUAAGGCUUUUGCAUGGCCAUAACAUUUCAAGCUUUCUUGUUACGAAUGCACAGUUCCCAGUGGAGAUAAGGAACCUCGAACCAGUGACUCAGCUGUAUGUCAGUGUGGAUGCCAGCACCAAAGACAGUCUGAAGAAGAUUGAUCGGCCCCUCUUCAAAGACUUCUGGCAGAGGUUCCUGGAGAGCUUAAAGGCUUUGGCUGAGAAGCAACAACGCACCGUCUAUAGGCUAACUCUGGUGAAAGCCUGGAACGUGGAGGAACUUCAGGCUUAUUCUGAGUUGGUGUCUCUUGGCAAACCAGAUUUCAUCGAGGUGAAGGGAGUGACUUACUGUGGGGAGAGUUCAGCAAGCAGCCUGACCAUGGCCAAUGUUCCAUGGCAUGAAGAGGUGGUGCAUUUCGUCCAGGAGUUGGCAGAUCUUCUCCCAGACUAUGAAAUUGCCUGCGAGCACGAGCACUCCAACUGCCUCCUGGUUGCUCACAAGAAGUUCAAGAUUGACGGAGAGUGGCACACCUGGAUCAACUACGAUCGCUUCCAAGAUCUGGUCCAUGAGUAUGAACAGACUGGGGGGGCUGCGACAUUCACUUCAGCCGACUACAUGGCUCAGACUCCCCCCUGGGCAGUGUUUGGGGCCAGGGAACGGGGCUUUGACCCACAGGACACGAGAUUUCAACGAAAGAACAAGACAAAGGACAUCUCAGGGUGCUGACAUCUUAAGAAAUGAGCUCUUUGGACCUGUUCUUGAUAGAUUCUGGGAGUGCCUUGACAGCCACAGGGGAAAUGAAUGUGGUUUUGUUUCUUUCUGUCUCUGCUUGCAAACGCUGAUUUUUUUUAACUUAUUUUUUAAUCUACCCCAAAGAGACUGAUGAGUAACAUAUUUUUUGAAAGGCCAGGGGCGACAGAUUUUGUCAUUCUUAAAGCAACUAAAUCUUUGCGCUUCUGGUUGCCUUUGACGACUACCGCUGCUCGUUCUGUUCGCUGCACUGUUGCAGUUGAAGAGUCUUUUUUGAAUGGGGACAAGUUUUCGCCACGUAGUCAGUCGCCAGUGUUCUUUGGGGUCUGUGAGUGUCCGAUUCACACAGGCAUCCUGGGGUUUUGGGGGGGGGUGUCUCUACCCCUUAAUGUUUCCCAGUUGCCAUGUCCUAAGAUGGCUGACACACCUCAAAAUGAAGCUAGAAUUUUGGAGGAAGAUGCCGUUGCAGUAGAAAAUAAGCACUACUUGCACACCCCUCUUGGACCUGUGUCCAUGGUUCCUCUGGAUGGAGACCUGUAUUGAGACUAGUACUGGUUGCACCUAGCUUAGUUUAGCCAUUACACCCACUGCAGAUCUUGAGAAAGUUUGGCAGUUUCUGGCCCAACAUAGCUCAACAAACUCCAGAUGUGUCCCCCCCCCGCCCCAUUUUUUAAACUUGACUCGGCCCCUGAAAGGUGUAAAUUUGAACAUUGUCAACUUCUAAAGGCCUGCCAUAGUUAAAACCAGUAUAACUACCAGGGAUCGUUUGCUUACCAGCUUUGGAAUUCUGGGAAUUGAAGUUUGGUGAGUCUGUGGCUUUAUGAAAACAAAGUGUUAACACAGUGUUAUGAAAAUGUUAACACGAUUAACAUUUUCAUAAUACUGUGGGGCAUGCUAGGCUCCUUGUAACAAGGCCGUGCAGCUUUGGUUUGUAUUUCGGAGAAGCCAGAAGCAUCAGAGGGAAAGAAUCCAAGGUCCCCUACCUGAGUCAAUGUAAAGUUUGACCAUCCUCAGCAUUUCCAGCGUCUGGCAUCGUUGGCACAUUUAGAUGGAUGUUGCACAUUCUUUGGGAAUGGAGGCUGAAUAUUUUUUAGUUCAUUUGCCCAACAUACCAAUUGUCCACAGGGUUUGAUCAAAGAGAUGCCUAAUUUAUUUAGAGCCACUUAUAAUUAGAACGGGACUACUUCAUUUUCUACUCACAUCCAUGGUUGCAGUCCUGCCGCCGCCAUGGGCCUACAUGAAGAAGAGAGUUGGAGAUAUUUUGCAUAUAUUUCCUGCACCUGCUCUUUUCUGUGGAAAAGUAGCUUGCCCUUUCCACACGUGGCAGUGAAAAUAGGGGAAAGGCCUCCACCUGAACACAGCUUCUUCUCCCCUUCUGCACAGAUCAUUAGCUAGGAUUGGAGCUUGUAUCAUUUGUAUUUUUAAAAUUAAAAAAACCCUGGAUGUAAGAAUGUAACAUCACUAUUCUGGAUUGAA